AUGAGCCCUAGAAAAACCACUAAAACCCUCACCCAAACCAAACUCACAUAUGGCGAAGCCACCUCUUCCCAGCGGCCGCCUGUUUCGAAACCUUCCACAACCCCCACAAAACUCGCUUUCAAAGCCUCCAAAGCUAUCGUUACCCCUCCAACCAAGAUCCUUCAACCUAAACCUAAAACCCCUCAACCAAAACCCAAAACGACCCCCAAGCCAAGGGCCAAGACACCUGCAAAACUAAGGAUGCGUCCGUCAUUUAUGGCCGCCUCCAAACCCUACACUAAGCCUGCCUCACCACCAGUCAUCCCUAACAUCACUAUAGUGGGUGCAACACAUAAUCCACUCCCAGCCUACGUCCACAACGCACCAUCACCAGUGGUGCAUCCACCACCUCCACUUUCUAUUGAGCCCUUGGCCACCAUUUAUCCAGUGGAAUCAGACGCGUCGAGCCAACCACCUCAUUCGUCCAUCCUCAUAUCUUCCCUUGGGAUGCCUCAUAUCCCAGUGGGUAGCCCUUCAUUUAUUCCACCCAUACCACCCUCUGACAGUCCUGCAUCAGAGCGCAAUCUUGAAGAGUUGGCAGAAUUGGCUCGACUGGACGAGCAAGAAGUUUUGGUGCGAUCUUGGCGUCCCUCAAUCAAAGCCAAGAGGAAGAGCAGGUGA